AGAGAGGAAGUACUAGGUUAUUGUUAGAUUGUAACACAAAGUUGAAACAUUCUAGAACCUAUCUAACAACAAAUCUCAGCCGUCCAAAUUCUUUUUCUUUCAUAUAAAAACCACAAGAUCCCCUCUCCUCCCUCCCUCUUCCAUCUCUAGCACAUCAAAAAGACCUAGUCUUCCAAUUGGUGAGAAAAGAAUUGAAAUAUGUUUGGGAGAGCACCAAAGAAGAGUGAUAACAACAAGUACUAUGAGAUCUUGGGAGUAGCUAAGACUGCUACACAAGAUGAUCUUAAGAAAGCUUAUCGUAAACUUGCUAUCAAGAAUCAUCCUGAUAAGGGUGGUGAUCCUGAAAAAUUCAAAGAGAUUGCCCAAGCCUAUGAUGUUUUGAGUGAUCCAGAGAAACGUGAGAUUUAUGAUCAGUACGGUGAAGAUGCGCUCAAGGAAGGAAUGGAUAGAAGUGGUGGACACGACCCGUUUGACAUAUUCCAGUCUUUCUUUGGUGGAAGCGCAUUUGGUGGUGGUGGAAGCAGCAGAGGAAGACGGCAAAGGAGAGGGGAGGAUGUUGUCCACUCUCUCAAGGUUUCUUUGGAGGAUCUCUACAAUGGAACAUCAAAGAAGCUAUCACUAUCUCGCAAUGUCUUGUGCACAAAGUGCAAGGGAGUGGGGUCUAAAUCAGGUGCUUCAAUGAAAUGUUCGGGAUGUCAAGGGAAAGGAAUGAAAGUUACGAUCAGACAACUUGGCCCCAUGAUUCAGCAGAUGCAGCACCCCUGUAAUGAGUGUAAGGGCACUGGUGAGAAAAUCAAUGAUAAAGAUAGGUGCCCACAGUGCAAGGGUCAGAAGGUUGUGCAGGAGAAGAAGGUAUUGGAAGUUGUUGUGGACAAGGGUAUGCAGAAUGGACAAAAGAUAACAUUCCCGGGAGAGGCUGAUGAGGCGCCUGACACUAUCACCGGCGACAUAGUUUGUAUCUUGCAACAGAAGGAACAUCCCAAGUUUAAGCGAAAGGGAGAUGAUCUCUUUGUAGAACACACCUUGACCUUGACUGAGGCUCUAUGUGGUUUUCAGUUUGUCUUGACUCACUUAGACAAUAGACAGCUGAUGAUUAAGUCCCAACCUGGAGAAGUUAUCAAGCCUGAUCAGUUCAAGGGCAUAAAUGAUGAAGGAAUGCCGCUGUACCAGAGCUCGUUCAUGAGAGGUAAACUGUACAUUCACUUCACUGUGGACUUCCCGGACGCAUUAACCCCAGAGUUGUGCAAGAAUCUUGAAGCAGUGCUGCCCCAAAAACCCAAAACACAAGCGACCGAUAUGGAAUUGGAUGAGUGCGAGGAGACCACCUUGCAUGAUGUCAACAUUGAAGAGGAAAUGCGCAGGAAGCAGCAGCAACAGGCCCAAGAGGCAUAUGAAGAAGAUGAUGACGAUAUGCAUGGUGGUGCCCAGAGAGUGCAAUGCGCACAACAGUAAUUUGACAAUGGACACACUCGUGGUAGAUAACAGGAGUUCAUUCCGUCAAGGGGAAGUAUCAAGCCCAGGUAUUGUUGUUUUUCUAAUAGGGAUGGUAAGAAGUGACAGCCAGGAACAACAUUGUUUCUAGUGGGGAGAUAGAUUGCUAUGCCUUUGGAAUUUUAUUUAUGCUAGUGUACUGUAAGCAAAAUUUUGUUAUUGACAAAUUGUAAGAGUGCUGGUGAAAGAUCAUUGCUAGUUGUUUUGAUUUACAACUUAAUUCAA